UUAGUCAAAGAAUAAUUCUUACAGAAUCAACAGAGCAUAAUAAUUGUGUACAUAUUAUCUUGUUGAUAAUAAAUUUUUUGGUAAACAUCACCUUUUUUUUUUGGAAAAACUUUUUACUUUUGGGUCAUUCCUUUAUAUAGAAGAUAUAAAUAGUGAAAGUUGAAUAUGGCAUCUUUAUUAGCCAAUAUUUUCUAUGUUCCAAAAUCAUUUCGCCGGCGUGGAACAUGUAUUGUUGGUGCAUUACAAAGUAUUUUAUCGUUUACAAUUAUGAUUUUAUCUGGAGUAUACUCACAAAAUCCACAUGAACUUGUUGAACUUUCUGAUGGUACAGUUUCAGAAGAAACAUUACAAGCUUUAUCUGGAGUUCUAAUUAUUGUAUGCCUUGGUAGCGCUUUAAUGGUAGUUUUAUCAAUUUUGAUAAUAUUCGGUGCACAAACACAACAACCAAUACUACUAUUGCCAUGGAUCUAUUAUUAUGGAAUUAUUUUAACAUUUUAUAUGCUUGGAAUAUUCACGCAAGUAUUCAGCUUAGUAAUGUUGAACGCUUUUGCAGUAGGAUGUGUUACUUUACUUGGAGGUCUUAUAACAUUAUAUAUUGGAUUAUACAUGUGUACCAUCGUUUAUAGUCAUUAUAGUGACUUGAAAAAGUUAAAUUUUUAGUAAUCAAAUCAUAAAAUACCGUAAUUAAUUUU